UCCCUUAAACUUGGCAGAAAGUUGUUCCCUUUUCUUUUUCUUUUAAUCUCUCUCUAACUAAUCUUUUUGUUAUAUAUAACAAUUGAUUCUUGAUCCAAGAACAAUAUCUUCUCUUCUUCCUUCAUGACAUAGUGACAUUAUCACUCUGUUCUCAAGCUCGUUCCUGCUCCACCACCACCAUCACUCACUCCUCUUUCAAUUUCGUUAAGACAAAAAUAAAUCAUUUUUGAAGUUUUUAAGUCGGAGAAAAUCACCAAAUCCACCUAAACCCAUUUCUUUAAAUCAUUUCAUUUCUAUUACCGUGGCAUUAAAGAAAAAGAAACACACAUAAUCUUCCAACUUUAGUAUAAUGACAGAGAUUGAUUUAGAACAAGGAGCGGCGUACGGUUAUCACCGGCGGUCGUUCGGUGGAAGUGACGUCAGCGUUUAUUAUUCAGACGGGGAUGACAUGACGUCAUGUUACUCUUACUUCUACUCGACGACAACGGGAGGGCCGUACGAGUACGAAGGAGGAGAAUCGAGGAAAGUGUCGUCGGUGAUGGGUUUGUCGGAGAUGGAUGAGGAUGGUGAUGAUGAUGCGACGGCGCCGCCGGAGAAAGACUGUCGGAUAUGUCAUUUAGGGGUGGUGGAAACGAGCGGCGGAGGUGCGAUGGAGUUAGGGUGUUCGUGUAAGGAAGAUCUGGCUAUUGCUCAUAGACAAUGUGCUGAAACUUGGUUCAAGAUCAAAGGCGACAAAAUCUGCGAGAUUUGUCAAGCGGUAGCCAAAAACGUGGGCGGUGCGAACGAAACGGUUACCUCAACAGUGGACGAAAGAGAGGUGAGAAACGGUGGAGUCGGUGAGGAAACGGUGGCAGUAGGAGGAGGAGCAACAACGGGGAUAGAGAACAGGUGGCAGCCACAGAGAGUGGUGAAUGUAGUGUUAGCUUGUAUGGUCUUUGGCUUCGUCAUAUCAUGGCUCUUCCAUUUUCAUGUCUCAUCUUCUUCAUAAACCUCAAUAUACAUUAUGCUCUUUGCAAGCAAACAACACAUUUUACUGUUAUAUCAAAUGAGUUUUUUUUU